UUGCCCCUCUCUUUGUAGGGCCUAGAGAAGAUCAUUCAGCGGGAUUUCUUUCCUGAUGUGGAGAAGCUGCGAGCGCAGAAGGAGUAUCUGGAGGCUGAGGAAAACGGUGACUUGGAGAAAAUGAGACAAAUUGCUAUCAAGUUUGGCUCCUCCUUGGGCAAAUCAUCGAGGGACACACCUGCACCCUAUGUUACUCCAGCCACGUUUGAAACCCCAGAGGUGCAUCCAGGUGCCCUUCCUUCUGGGAAUAAGUCCAAAGCUGGCACCAAAGCUGCAGAGGAAGGAGAUGGAGAAAAAGAUGAUAAAGACGCACUUCCCAGCCUGGACAGCUUCUUAGCAAAGCACACGAGUGAAGAUAAUGCUUCGUUUGAGCAGAUCAUGGAAGUGGCCAAAGAGAAGGAGAAGGUCAAGCACGCUUGGCUGUACAGCGCGGAAGAGGAGUACACACAGCGACGAAAUGAGAACCUGGCACUUCCUUCAGCAGAGCAACAAGCCCUGGAGAAUGUGAAAGCCGGACUGGAGACCUGGGAGUACACGGCUCGGAACACCCUCAUGUAUUACCCAACAGGUGAGGGGUGCAGGUUCCUCAGGAGGGGCAUUGGUUCUAGGGGGAUGGACUCCAAACAACACUUACAGCACUUCUGUAGAUGACUGACCCACUCCU